CGAGUGAAGCCACAGAGAGCUGCGCCACGGUCAGGCACGGCACGGCACGGCACUGUAGCACAGUGGACUGGACCGGGUGAAUGCAGUCCUUAACACAGGACUCUGCUGCAGACACUUUUCCACCAUUUUCGGAGAUAGGAGGAAGCGUUGAGUAAUCUUCACCCGGGCAGGGAAGCGGAAUUGGGCUAAAAACAUCAUUUUUUUUCUCCCCGCAAAGAAAAUCUUACCGGGGCAGGGGGACACGAGAGCACCUUGGUCAGCAGCUAACGAUAGCUAUCCGAGUGUUAAUGCACAGCUCUUAGUUGGCUAAAAACUAUUCAUUUCAAAGUGUUGUCAGUUUCAUAGAGCCAGAAGUGUUUUUGUGUGAAGCCGUGUGGGAAGGAGCCGUCUGUCCAACAUGGAGAACGCUCACACGAAGAGUGUGGAAGAAGUUUACAGUUAUUUCUGCGUCAAUGAAAGCACAGGACUUUCCCUGGACGAGGUGAAACGACAGAAGGAGAAAUGGGGCCUAAACGAGUUACCAGCAGAGGAAGGAAAAUCUUUGUGGGAGCUUGUCCUUGAACAGUUUGAAGAUUUACUUGUUCGAAUUCUUCUACUGGCUGCAUGUAUAUCUUUUGUCCUGGCCUGGUUUGAGGAGGGAGAAGAAACUAUUACAGCCUUUGUGGAGCCUUUUGUAAUUUUACUCAUUCUUAUAGCCAAUGCCAUCGUCGGUGUGUGGCAGGAACGCAAUGCUGAGGAUGCCAUUGAGGCACUUAAGGAGUAUGAGCCUGAGAUGGGGAAAGUGUACCGGCAGGACAGGAAAACUGUGCAGAGGAUCAAAGCCAGAGACAUCGUGCCUGGUGACAUUGUGGAGGUUGCUGUUGGAGACAAGGUGCCUGCUGACAUCCGUAUCUGUUCCAUCAAAUCAACAACUCUGAGGGUAGACCAGUCCAUUCUGACCGGUGAAUCUGUCUCCGUCAUCAAACACACCGACCCCGUGCCCGACCCCCGUGCUGUCAAUCAGGACAAGAAGAACAUGCUUUUCUCUGGUACCAACAUCGCAGCUGGGAAGGCCGUGGGUGUGGUCGUGGCCUCCGGUGUUAACACAGAGAUCGGCAAGAUACGAGACGAGAUGGCAGCCACGGAGCAGGAGAAGACGCCCCUGCAGCAGAAGCUGGAUGAGUUUGGCGAGCAGCUGUCAAAGGUCAUCUCCCUUAUCUGCAUCGCCGUGUGGAUCAUCAACAUCGGCCACUUUAAUGACCCUGUCCAUGGAGGCUCCUGGAUCCGCGGGGCAGUCUACUACUUCAAGAUUGCCGUGGCGCUGGCUGUUGCCGCCAUCCCUGAGGGUCUUCCUGCUGUCAUCACCACCUGCCUGGCCCUGGGCACUCGCCGCAUGGCCAAAAAGAACGCCAUUGUCCGCAGCCUGCCAUCCGUGGAGACCCUGGGCUGCACCUCUGUCAUCUGCUCCGACAAGACAGGAACCCUGACCACCAACCAGAUGUCUGUCUGCAGAAUGUUCGUCAUCGACAAAGCUGAAGCUGACAGCUGCUCUCUGUCAGAGUUCACCAUCUCAGGUUCUACGUACGCACCUGAGGGAGAAGUGUUCCAGGAUGGUAAAUCAGUGAGACCUUCCCAGUAUGAUGCCCUGGUUGAACUGGCUACCAUCUGUGCCCUGUGUAAUGACUCCUCUCUGGACUUCAACGAGGUGAAAGGUGUGUACGAGAAGGUCGGGGAGGCCACAGAGACCGCGCUGACCUGUCUGGUGGAGAAAAUGAAUGUCUUUGACACUGAAGUCCACAGCCUGUCCAAGAUUGACAGAGCAAACGCCUGCAACUCAGUGAUCAAGCAGCUGAUGAGGAAGGAGUUCACCCUGGAGUUCUCCAGAGACAGGAAGUCCAUGUCUGUCUUCUGCACCCCCAACAAGUCUCGAUCUUCCAUGGGCAAGAUGUUUGUCAAGGGAGCCCCGGAGGGAGUUAUCGAGAGGUGCACUUACGUCAGAGUCGGCAACAACAAAGUUCCCAUCACCAAAGGCAUCAAGGAAAAGAUCAUGUCUGUGAUCCGUGAGUACGGGACAGGUCGUGACACCCUGAGGUGUUUGGCUCUGGCCACACGAGACAGCCCGCCAAAAAUGGAGGACAUGAUACUGUCCGACACUGCCAAAUUCUCAGAGUAUGAGUCUGACCUGACCUUCGUCGGCUGUGUCGGCAUGCUGGACCCUCCCAGACAGGAGGUGGCUGCUUCUAUCAAGCUGUGCCGCCAGGCCGGCAUCCGCGUCAUCAUGAUCACCGGAGACAACAAGGGCACAGCUGUGGCUAUCUGCCGUCGCAUCGGCAUCCUGACAGAGGAGGACGAUGUGGAGCGCAUGGCCUUCACCGGGCGAGAGUUUGACGAACUCUCACCCUACGAUCAGCGCGAGGCUGUGACUCACGCUCGCUGUUUUGCCCGUGUCGAGCCUUCCCACAAGUCCAAGAUUGUUGAGUUCCUGCAAGGAUUUGACGAGAUCACUGCUAUGACAGGCGAUGGAGUGAAUGAUGCCCCUGCCUUGAAGAAGGCAGAGAUAGGCAUCGCCAUGGGCUCUGGCACUGCCGUGGCCAAGUCAGCCUCUGAGAUGGUCCUCGCUGAUGACAACUUUUCUUCCAUCGUGGCCGCAGUGGAAGAAGGCAGAGCUAUUUACAACAACAUGAAGCAGUUCAUCAGAUACCUCAUCUCCUCCAAUGUGGGCGAGGUUGUCUGCAUCUUCCUCACUGCGGCGCUGGGCUUCCCCGAGGCUCUGAUUCCAGUCCAGCUGCUCUGGGUCAACCUGGUGACCGAUGGCCUCCCUGCCACCGCCCUGGGCUUCAACCCCCCAGAUCUGGACAUCAUGGAGAAGCCUCCACGUAAUGCCAAGGAGCCCCUCAUCUCUGGCUGGCUCUUCUUCAGAUACCUGGCCAUUGGAUGCUACGUGGGCGCAGCCACAGUGGGAGCUGCUGCCUGGUGGUUUACUCUCUCUGACGAUGGACCUCAGCUCACUCUGUACCAGCUGAGCCACUUCCUGCAGUGCGCCCCAGACAACCCAGACUUUGACGGCCUGGACUGCCACGUGUUUGAGUCGCCCUACCCAAUGACCAUGGCCCUGUCUGUGCUGGUCACCAUCGAGAUGUGCAACGCCCUCAACAGUCUGUCCGAGAACCAGUCUCUCCUGCGGAUGCCUCCCUGGGAGAACAUUUGGCUUUUGGGGGCCAUUUGCCUCUCCAUGUCCCUCCACUUCCUCAUCCUCUAUGUGGAACCUCUGCCUGUCAUCUUCCAGAUCACCCCUCUGGAUGCAACCCAGUGGAUGAUGGUGCUGAAGAUCUCCGUGCCCGUCAUCCUGCUGGACGAGCUGCUAAAGUUUUUGGCCAGGAACUACUUGGAAUUUGGUAAACAGCUGGAGAAGCCGGCCAGAAAAGGCCACUCUCUGUCUGCAUGUGCCGAGGGGAUCUCCUGGCCCUUCGUGGCCAUCUCCCUGCCCCUGGUGCUGUGGAUCUACAGCACCGACACUAACGUGUCCUCCGUGCUGUGGCCCUGACUGACUCCAGCACACCACCCUCCCUGUGCACCAGUGUGACGUGGACAUUAACACACACAUCUAACACAGUUACAUUAACGCAGAACAACUUACAGUCAACACCUGCACCUGCUCUGACGCUGCUGUCAGAUCUUUUGUAUUUAGGACAUUUUCACCGAUACAUAUUUUUGGGCGGGGCGCCGGGGUUUAGUCAUAUUUUGAUGACUUUGACUGACAUUACGUCCACGUCUUUUAUUUUACCAUCAUGCUUUUCUCUCUCUCUUGAUCCCCUGUGUUGAACAGUUAGAGAAGCCUACCGUGUUGGAGCUGUGUGUUGAGCUGUACAGAGAAUUUACACUAUUUUAUGAUAAUUAAUAUUUUGUAAUUUUUGGGAGGGGCUGUGGGGACGAGAAUGCUGGGUGUGAAGAGAAUGUAAUAUUGAGGACCGUAUAGUACUAUACUAAUUUUGGGGGCAAAGAUUUGAAUAGAUUUGCCCCAGCGUGACUCUCUACAGUCAUUUUUUGAGCUCCAUGCGUCGUCAUUCAUUCUUUUCUGCAUUAGGCAGAGCACAGCUACCUCAAUGCUGUAAUAAUAUGAUCAUUACUGUCCAUUUGUCGUAUCAAUCAUUUCAUAGAUUAGCACCUGAAGUGUUGAGGUAAGCAUCAUUUUCUUUUGCAGUAGAGACAAAGCCCUCACACACAUUUUUAUGUUCUUUUUUUAC